GCUACGGCGUGGUCGGCGCGCCGCCGCGGCGGUGGUUCUGCGACCCCUGCCAGAGCGGCCGGCGCGGGUCGCGCGCGGCGCACGCCGACCCCAAAUGUGGCCUCUGCGGCACGCACAGCGGCGGCCUGAAGCGCGUCGGCCGCAAGGGCUGGGCCCACGUGUGCUGCGUCCUCUGGACGCCCGAGCUCGAGGUCGACGACGCCAUGUGCGCCGUCGACCUCGACGUCGGCCCCGAGCGCGCGGCGACGAGGUGCGACGUCUGCGGCCGCGGCAACGCCGUCCGGUGCGGCCACGCGGGCUGCCGCGCCGCGGUCCACGCGAGCUGCGCCCUCAAGGCGUCGACGCCCUUCGCCCUGUCCACCGCGGGAGAGGACCCGGACACGCCCUUCGAGGUGCUCUGCGCGCGGCACCGGCGCCUCACGCAGUCGCCGCGCGCGUCGCCGCGCGAGGUCGUCGACUUGACGGCCGACUCGCCGCAGCCGCGGCGCUCCGUCGACUCGUCGAUCGCGUCGCCGUCGCCGCCACCACGGCGCCUGCGGCGGCUCCGGAAGAACCACGCCCCGGAGCUGCCGCGGCGCGGGAGCGGCGCGAGCGCGGCCCUCUCCUUCGUCGAGGACGAGGCGUCCCAGGAGGCGGCGGACGCGGCGCUCGCGCGGCGCCUGCAGGCCGAGGAGGACGCGCGGGCCGCGGACUCGGACUCGGACGGCGACGGGCGGCCGCCGCCGCGCCGCCGGCCGCCGCCACCGCGCCGCCGCCGCGCCGCCGCGGACUCGGAGGCGCCGCCACGCCGCCGCCGCGCCGUCGCGGAGUCGGAGGAGGACGACGACGACGUCCUGGACGACGAGGCCGCGUGCAGCGACGGCUCGUCCGACGAGAGCGACCACGGCUCCGCGGACGACAGAAAGGCGGCGCGCGACUCGCUGCUGAACGACGAGUCCGAGGACGACGGCGGCUUCGACCACUCGCGCUUCGACCUGUCGCGGCGGUCGUCGGCGUCGCUCGGCGCGGCGCUCGGCCGGGGCGGCUCGAAGCGCAUGCGGCGCGGCGGCGUGCUGCAGGCCGCGCUCCAGCACGCGUCGGGCGGCGGCGACGCCCUGGACUUCGAGGACGCCUACAACAGCAACCGCUACCGCGACACGCGGAGCUUCUCGAGCGGCGGCGGCGGCGACGCGGGCCGCUACGUCGACACGGACGACGAGGAUGACGACGCGGAGGACGACGGCUGGACGCGCGGCCGCGCCGGCGGCGGCGGCGAGGACGACGUGCGCUGGGCGGACCGGCGCCUGCCCACCGUAAACAAGGGCAGCGGCUGGUCCGAUUCGGACAAGGACGUUUCCGACGUGGAUGAUGUUGGAGACGACUGGGGCGGCCGCUUCCGCGCGGCGCCGCCGCGGCGCAAGGCGCCGCCGGCGCGCCGGAAGAAGAAGAAGUCGUCCUUCGAGGCGUCGGCGCCGCCGCCGGGGCGCGCCCCGCGCCGCGGGCCGCGAAAGUCCUCCUUUCGCAUCCCCGUGCCCGUCGCGCGGAAGCGACCCCUGGACCUGCGGCCGGCGAGCCAGCUGAGCCAGGAGGCGCCGCCGCCGCGCCGGCCGCGCCUCGACCUGCGCCCCGCGAGCCAGCUGAGCCAGGAGGCGCCGCCGCCGCGCCGGUCUCAUGUGAAACUCGUGCCCGCGGCCGUGGCGCUCUCGCAGGGGUCGCUCUCGCAGCGGCGCUCGCCGCCGCCGCCGCCCGUCCAACCGCGGCGACCGCCGCCCCCGGCCCUGCGCCCGGCGAACGCCUCGGGCGGCGGAGGCCUGACCGAGGAGCAGAAGGCGCGCAUCGCGCGGAACAAGGCCGCGGCUUUAGAAAGGCAGCGCGCGCGUCUCCGGGGCCUCUGA